UUGACAUUUAUCAGUGCAAGCCAUACUUAAAAGACUUAAAAGUAUCAGCAAACGUAACGCAGAUACAUUGUACGCACAUAUCGUCAGGCUUCGUUCCACACGCCCUCGUUUCCGGAAGUGCAACCAGUGCUAGUUUAAUGGACAAGGAAGGAAUAGUUGUUUAGGUUCAUGUUCCGUCACACUUGGAUAAUACCCUUAUUCUGACUUUAGCGGUAAAGACCUCGAAUUUAAAAUAUGCCUUUAUUUGCCCAAAACUCAUUCGAUCAAGAUGUGGAGAAGGCAACCAAUGAAAACAACACAACAGACGACUGGGGACUCAUUAUGGACAUCUGUGAUCGGAUUGGAACGACACCCAAUGGUCCGAAAGACAGUCUGAGAGCCAUCAUGAAGAGAGUUAACCAUAAAGUGCCUCAUGUUGCCAUGCAGGCCCUCAAUUUGUUGAGUGCUUGUGUAUCAAACUGUGGUAAGAUAUUCCAUCUGGAAAUCUGUUCAAGAGAGUUUGCCAGCGAAGUGCGGACUGUAUUGAGCCGGGCCCAUACGAAGGUAUGUGACAAACUGAAGGCUCUGAUGGUGACGUGGGCAGAUGACUUCCAGAAAGAUCCUCAGCUUAGUUUGAUUGGUGCCACCAUCAAGUCUCUGAAAGAAGACGGCAUCUCAUUCCCCUCCCCCAUGACACAGGGUUCUAACUCAAAGGUCAGCACUCCUGUUGUCAGCAAAGCUUCUGAUGAUGACGACUUGGCUAAAGCCAUUGAGCUGUCCUUGCAGGAGCAGAAGCAGCAAGCAGAGACCCGGCCAAUCAUCUCUGACCCGGUCAACUACACAAAUGGAGGUGUGGUGCAGGAGGCCAGGAAGGUGCGGGCGUUGUAUGACUUCGAAGCUGCUGAGGAUAAUGAGCUGACCUUCAAGGCAGGAGAACUGAUUCUGGUUCUGGAUGACAGUGAUCCAAACUGGUGGAAAGGAGAGAACCACAGAGGAGUUGGACUUUUCCCCUCCAACUUUGUCACAAGCAAUUUGAAUAAUGAACAGGAGACGGUGGCUUAUAUUGAGAAUACGAGCAGCCCAGAGGAGACUAUUGUGGAGGCCAUAGCAGAGCCUGAGCCUGUUUACAUUGAUGAGGGAAAAAUGGACCAAACACUGACGUUUCUGCAGAAUGCUGACCCAGCAAAUCUGGACCCCGACUCCCCAGAGUUGAUCCAGCUGGAGGGUGCGUGUGAGCAGAUGAACCCCAUGAUUGAUGAGAGGCUCCAGGAGAUUGACAGGAAGCACUCUGAGCUGUCAGAGUUGAAUGUGAAGGUCUUGGAGGCGUUGGAACUUUACAACAAGCUCAUGCACGAAGCACCAUUCUACUCAGCGUACUCAAAGAUGCAGACACAGUACGCCCCAGCUGGUGCAGCUGCACCCAUGCAGGGAUACUUGGGGCCAUCUGGAACAUCCUACAUGUCCCCAGCGAUGCCUCAGGUUGCAGUUUCACAGCCCUACUCUCUGCCUAAUGACCAACCCGGAUCUCUUCAUGUUAUGACCUCCAAUGUCUCAGCUCCACCCAACAGCCAGGCCCCUCAGCCCUCGUACAUGAGCGCUGCUGUAAACACGCAGUACAUGGGCCAAGCCCCUGGUGCUCCAUAUCCACCCCAGGCAGGUGUGCCCAUGGACAUGUCGACCUACAACAACGGCAACAUGCCUCCCGUCUCCUACCCCAUCAGUGCCCCCCCUCUGCAGCCCCCGCCUCAGCAUCAGCAGCAGGCGUCAUAUUAUCAGCAGCCUCUUUUGUGAAAGUCAUCAGCACCUGAAAUGGUCUUUCCUCUUGUUCAUCCACGUGUAAGUGAUCACUGAAGAUUUGGGCUCUGUUCACGUGUACAUCAUGAAACACAAAUGCAUUAUUCGCAGUAUAUCAUCACCACUUAGUCUUACAAAUGAACGAAGAGAGACAACGUUCCUCACUUUAAAAGACGAAACAGUACAUGUAUACAAAAUGAACGUUUGUGUCCAUAAUGUUAGUAGAGAGCAAAUGCAAGUUAUGUUGAUGACAUGAGAUGACAUGAGACUUGUAUGCACUGUUUGGAAUGACACGAUAAAAACAACAUUUUUCUCAUUUCUAUACUCUUCAUCUGUGCAGAGCCUGUCAGCGGCAGCUGCCGCCUGACAGUGACACUGAAUAAUUUCAUCAGCAUGAGCGCCAUAUAAUAUUUUGUUAUAUCCACAUGACAUAUUGAAGCUUUUCUAUGCAAAGAUUUACUUGUCAACAUGAGUUUUGUAUAGUAAAAUAUUGAUGUUGCACUGGUAUGGUCAACUCCAUUGAUUAUUAUAUUCACCAUCUCAAUUUCAACUCAUACUCUGAUUUGUUUGCGUGUCUGUGUAAUACCAGUAGAAUUCUUUUAAUUGAGACAUGUAGAAGUCACCAGCAGGAGUCUUGAGAGCUUCCAUAACUGCUGCAAUUCCACUCAGUCAUGUUUGCAAAGGGCCAUCUCUGGUUGGUUUGGUGUUCUUAAGUCUGACCCAACAACACUAUUUGAUUCUGGUUCUUGCUUCUUCUUUAGUGUUAGUGCAAGUUAGUGUUCGCAUACUGACUUACUGUAGAUAUAUAGGACAAGAUUUUACUUGUGUUAUGGGUGCGGUUUUGUAUAAUCAGGAAUCGUUCUCUCCUCAGCGUGAAAUACAGUGUGAGGCAACUGCUGGAUUAUUGACUCUAGAGCUCUCAGAAGUCAGAUUUAAAAAGGUUCCGCACCAUCUCAGAAUCAGGGAUAAAUCUAUUUUGCAGAGGCCACAAUACUUACUCAAACAAGGAUGAAUGACACAAAGGUCCCGGUGGAUGUUUUCCCCCCAUUUUAGUUUCUCACUCAGAUCUUCCUUCAGGUCUGCUUUUGUUGACAGUGAUGUUUAGUAUCUCCAUCAUCGUGCCUUUUCAUUCAACCUAGGUUGCUAUGUCACUCACCUUUCCCACAAGUUUGGUCUGAUACAUUCAUUAAGUCCAAGUGUAGCGAGUGACCUCCAGCUAGGUGCAGAAGAAUUGACCCUCGUCUUUCUUCCACUUCUUUCCCCACCAGCACCCGCCUAUGAAGGUCAUCUGAAGUGCUCCUUUUCAUUAUUGAUCGUUAUUGACGUCAAAUCACUGCCUUGCUUCACCUUCUAUUCUUGCUUUUCAGAUAUUUAAGACAAUGUGUGUGUUUGAAUAUGUAUAUUCAAAUUUGUGCUCAACCAUUGUCAUUGUUAAUUCCAACUUCCAUUCUUGGCUUGAAUAAUUCCAUGCAGCAGCAUUGACUUGAGGUUGUGCUCAUGUGUUCAUACUAUCCUGUACUAUAUAUAUUUGGGGUGGGGGGGCUUUCAUGUGCAACAUUUCUAUGUCUGUGUGUGUUUCUGAACUGAACAAACGUAUAGAGCCAAAUGUGGGCUUUCUUCGGUUUCAUCAAAUGCUGCUUUCAGUUAGUCAAAGCUGGUGGCAGCCUCCCACAACGUGAAGUGUACACCUUGGUGGGUGGUUUUAUUGAUAUGGAGAGUGCACCUUAGCUUUGUAAAUAUUCAUGUACCGCUGGAUGCCUUCUUCUAUUAAACAAACAAAUCUUUGUCUCAGAUUUGGCUGGUUAUGUGUAAUAAUGUGCAUUUUAAAUAUCCCAUGCAAAUAUCCUCUGUCUGAAAUUAGACUCCUGGUUUUCUAACAGCAUCCUUCAAAUGUUCUUUGGAAUAAAAAAAUGAAUGCUGACAACAAA